CAUAUUUACAAUAAAAUAUGGCAAGCUGUGGGGAUAAUGCUCCGAAGGAAUGUAAAGAAAGUCGUAAAUUGCUUUUGAACCAGCUUAAGGCCCUCGUCACAGAGUUAGAUAAAGGUUUCAGCAAACAUUUAACCGAAGCAUAGGAAGUUUGUUUUUGAUGAGUUAAGCACUCGUGUAUCGGCUGCAAUGGUGUCUGAUACUCGUAAAUGACCACAUUUCUCUUGUGAAUGUUGGGUUUCAUCAGAUGCUGCGACGAGUGCUGUAGGGACUCCCCCUUCAAGAGAAAGGAGAAGGAGGAGUUUGAGAAUCCCUGCCUGGGAGUAUUUCCCCGCGACACAGCACCUGUGCCCCGUGGGGUGAACCCCAACAGACGAGCACGCCGCGUGGACCGCCCCAAGGUUACCGUGGACGGUCGUGCCGUCUCCGGGGGACCACAGUACCAAGACGAGGAGGAGUUCGACAGAUAUCCAUCGCCACCGUGGUUCAAGCCCCGCACGAGAUCGCAGGAGCUGCGCGCCGGAUUCUUCUACAUGGGCUGCGACUGCUACAAAAGGAACGGGCUCCAGGACGACUGCCAGAGGUCAGACUGCGGCUACCCCGAGUGCGUUCACAGACCGCCAGACUGCGAGCCUUCCACGUUCUCUCCGGUCACAGGCGUCCGUAUCCCCAAUAUGAUGGCCAACGAGUACCACAACUACAACCAAUGCUGACAACUACUACACCCGUAUCUAUUGUUGAGUCUAUUGUAUAUAUUAUGUAACACAGUAAAAUAAACAAUGUCUAACACGAA